CAGCUGGCGGCGGUCGCGGGCCAUGGGGGCCGAGAGCCUCUGCCUUGGCGUCCUGACCGUCGCCGUCCUGCUCCUGGCCGCCGCCUCGCAGGGUGCGGAGCCGCCGCCGAGCUGCGAGGCGGUCCGGAAAGUUUUCCAGCUGCGGCGGCUCGGCCCGCUCGGCGGCGUCCCGGAGUUCCCGCGGGCAGGUGUUGAUCUCCAGGUUUGUACUUCUGAAAAUUCAACAUGCUGUACAAAAAAGAUGGAAGAAAGGUAUCAGAUUGCAGCAAAGCAAGAUAUACAGCAAGUGCUUCAAACAUCAAGUGCUGCAUUAAAAUUUUUAAUAUCUCGUAAUGCAGCUGCUUUUCAAGAAACCUUUGAAAUGCUCAUCAGACUGGCUGAGAAUUACACAAGCACACUUUUCUGCAAUGCAUAUAGAAACAUGGCUGCUGAGGCUGCUGUGCACGUGCAGGAGUUUUUCACAGAUGUUGGGCUCUUCCUAUUUGGCACAGACGCCAGCACAGAGGAGUUUGUGAAUAGAUUUUUUGACACCCUGUUUCCAGUAGUGUACAACCACGUGAUUAACCCUGGUCCGACUGACAUUUCCCUGGAGUACGCGGAGUGCCUCCGAGCGGCGAGAAGAGACAUCAGGCCCUUCGGCAGCAUUCCCAGAAAGGCCAUAGGGCAGAUGGGACGAUCCCUCUUACCCAGCCGGAGCUUCUUGCAGGCUCUGAACCUGGGGGUUGAAGUGAUCAACACGACAGACCACCUGCCCUUCUCCAGAGAGUGCAGCAGGGCUUUGCUGAGGAUGCAGUACUGCCCCCACUGCCAGGGGCUGACGCUGAGCAAGCCCUGCCUGGGCUACUGCCUCAACAUCCUCCGGGGCUGCCUGGCCCACCUAGCAGAAGUUGAUCUCCACUGGCAGGGCUACAUCCAGGCCCUGGAGCAGCUCUCAGGAGCCCUGAGUGGAGCACACAGCAUCGAGCACGUGCUGCUGAACUUCCAUUCCCUCGUUCACGACGCUCUGGUACAGGCUCGGAUCAACGGGCCAGAGGUAUCUGAGCAGGUGAAUAAGAUAUGUGGCCCUCCUGUAAGGAAGCCUAAACAGUCUCCAGGUUGCUCCUUUGAUCAGAACACAGAUAAUCAAGUGUUGAAGAUGUUCUCCAGAGACAGUGAACAAACACUCACCAACAGAAGAAAGGAGUUCCUCAGGCUCCUGCGGCCGUACCGAGCCUUUUACGGCGGCCUGGCGGAUCAGCUGUGCGCCAACGAGCUGGCAGCCGCCGACGGGCUCCCUUGCUGGAAUGGAGAAGAUCUCGUAGGAAGCUAUACACACCGUGUGGUUGGCAGUGGAAUCAAAGCUCAGUCUGCAAAUCCAGAAGUGAAAGUGAAGGGAACAGAUCCUGUAAUAAGUCAAAUUAUUGACAAGCUGAAACAUGUUAUUCAGCUGUUGCAGGGCAAAUCAUUUCCAAAAUAUGACAAAUGGGAUCUCCAACAAACAGGCAGUGGUGGAGGUGUAGAUGAACAAAUCAGUGGGGAUUGUGAUGAUGAAGAUGGUUGUGGAGGAUCUGGAAGUGGAGAAUUCAAAAGAGUCCUGAAAAUAACAGACCGGAUGCCAGACAAGACGAACCUCAGUGACGUAAAGCAAAUCCAUCAAACCAACGAUGGCAGCACUUUAGACACAACUGGAGCAGGAUGUACAGCAAUGGCCGAUUAUGUGACAUUUAUGCUGAUUAGUUUGGUAAUACUGCUUCUGACUCUUUGGUAACUGCUUAUUUCUGGCUUGAUAUAAGUAUCUCAUUGUCAUCUAUUUAUCCCUACUCACAAGCCUGGAAUAAGGGAUCUGGUGAAUAUAGCAAAAUUUAUGAUAUCUUGUAUAAGAUCAGCCAGUGAUCUUAGCCCUGAAUAUUAACAAAGAGUUUUGUGUAAUAUUUUAUCUGGUUUUUUUUUAAACACCCGUAUAGUCAUAAAAAGUCAUGUUUUCUUUUUUAAUAUUUUAUGUUGAAAAUAAGUUGUCUAUGAUAAUCUUUCUCUUAAAAACAAUUUGUAAAAGAAGAGUAUUACCAAGUUUGAAAUGGUCUCUGGAGAUCGUCUAGACCAACCCUGUGCUCAUAGUAGACUCACUUCUUGCAAGUUUCCAACGACCAAGUUCAGUUGACAUCGGAGUGUCUCCAAGGAGGGAGACUUUACUGAUUCCCUGGGCUAACUGUACCAGUGCUUCAACACUCUUAGCAGAUAUUUUUUAGCUGCUGUGUUUCAGUUUGUGCUUCUUGCCCAUUUUGCACACUAAGCCCUGUCAUGGCACCAAGGACAAGAGUUUGGCUCCGUCUUCUUUUCUCCCUUUAUCAGGUAUUUAUACAUUUUCAAAAGAUCCCUCUCUGCAUCUUCUCCAGGCCAAACAGACCCAGCUAUCUCAUCCACUCCUUGCACAAGUUUUGUUCCCAUACCUUAAAAAUCUUCAUGCUCUUUUGCAGGAAUCUAUCCACUGUGCCCAUGUCUCUCUUGUCAUUGUCCCUGAGAGAUCAGACCUGAACUUAAAACUGUGGAUGUGUCCCACUAGUGGAGAACAGAGGGGAAGGAUCGAUCACCUUCUUUGACCUGCUGAUAUUUUUCCUGAUUCAGCCCAGAAGGUAGUUGGCUCUCUUUGCUGCAAGGGCACAGUGUGAACUCUUUUUCAGCUUGGUAUCCCUUAGGACCAAAAGGUACCUUCUCUGCAAAACUGCUUUUCAACCAGCAGGCACCAACCUUUACAGGUGUAUGGGUUUAUUCCUCCCCAGGAGGAGGAUUUGUCAUUUCCCUUUCUUGAACUUUCUGAGAUUCCUAUCAAGCCAAUUCUUCCAUCUGUCCGGGUCCCUCUGAAUUCGGAAUUUUUUUCAUAGUUCAGAAAAAUCUAUAUGUUAGAUACUAUGUAUGUAUAUGAUAGCUGAUUUUACCUAGGGGUAACAGCAAGGUUUAAGAUUCAGUGCUAGGUUAAGGUAUCUUAACAUCUAUGUCAACAUACAGAUAUUUACAUAUGUGCUUUUCAAGCUGUAACUGUCGCCCUUGGAUUCAAUUGCUAAAAUACCAAUGAGUGUCUGUUGUGCUGCCCAAAAAACCCCAGCUGGUGUCCACUACUGUCCUGAAUGGCCUCAGGUCUUUCUCUGGGCAAGAGACCACAGCCCUUUGUCAACAUUGUCAGUGAAGCCCAGCGCAUUUUUCAGCUCAUACAAAGACAGACACUCAAAAAAGCAGCUCAGUUGCCCAAAAAUAAAUGACUUGUGCCACCUAAGAUUUCUUGGAGUAUCUGAGGACAUCCUCAGGGGACCGGCAUAUAUGAUGCAGGACUUCUGAGAUGUUCCAGAGGCUUCCUUAACUGGGAGCCAUGGGGAGUGGCAGCUGGCAGCUAGGUGAGACAUCCUUAACUCAGACAUUCACAUGUGGGCCCAAGAAUCAUACGCCAAACAUCCACAAUAUUACUGGAAGCUAAGAUUCCUGGUUGGAGUGGUGGCACAUGAAUGCAAACCUGAAUCACAACAAUCCCAGCUCAAGUUCUUAUGCUUCAUAAGAAGAGGCAAGCAAAAGUGUGCUGCAGCACUAAUGGUACAUUAUGUAUUAUUGUUAGAAAAUUUGAUUGUUCUGCCAUGACUAAUUCUUGUUUCAUUUUAACUAGGAAAUAUUUUAAAAUAUUUCAUAGUUAUUUCUCCUGUAGAGUAUUUUGCCAGAGGGAAAAAACCACCUGUUCAUAUUGUAUGUAUUCACAUGAUAACUAGAACUCUUUCUAGACAAAAAACAUUACUCUCAUAUGAGACUAAUAUAAAGAAACUUUUUAUUCCCAAAUGUAUAUGUUAGUCAUUAACACACACAGUAAAACAUACAGUAAAAAGAAGUAAACUGAUAUAAAAGGUAGAAAAGCAAAUGAACAUUUCUAUGAACAAUUCCAUUCCCAAAUAAAUAUCAUUAUUAGGCAUGUGUGCCAGUGUGUACAUUUUGUUGACCUCUUUUUUCCUUUGCAGAUUUUGCAAAUCAAUCUUUCAAAUUCACUUGUCUUGUUUACUUGAAAUUAUGACAUUGGUAAUUCAGGGAAAGAAAAUGAGAAUUCAUUCUUUUCCUUUGUAAUGUCAAUUCACACUAGUAAUCAAUCCAGUUCAGCAACUUUUUUUUGAACAGUGGCCAGUAUCAGUCACUUCAGUGAAAAUGGAAUAAGGCUUUGAAAAGGAGACACAGAAAUGCAGAAAAGAAAUCCACAAUUACUCAUUACUCAGAAUUUUAUUUAUGUCCUGAAGCACUUUGUUUCCAUUCGUAAGUUUUGUGUGUUGUUCAAGACCUUACAAAGACAGAUGGUCCAGGAAUAGUAGUUUUUUCUAUAGAAUCUAGGAAGCACAAGCCUCAUUUUCAAAUACUGAUAGUCAUAAUUCCUAAGACCUCCUCAGGUAUAUGUGAAUUACUAGUCUGUAAUACACCUUUCUUUUGGUUUUCUUGGCCUAUUCCCAUUACCUUCAACCCUGUACCUACACAGAAUAAUUCAAAGAUUCCUUUUGGAGUGGAAAAUUAGGUUUCUCCUUCCCAGACACAAAUGAACAAACUAGUAGCAAUAUGAAUAAUAGUGUGAGGUCUGGAGAUUUCUCACUCACUACUCUGCCACGAGACCUCAUUCACCCUCCUGUUCCAUCCACCUCUAGGCAUCACUGCACACUCCACAUCAUUGCUCAGUCAUACAUCUGCCAGGCUGCAUCAAGAUUUUUUCAUUAAAUCUACCAUGCUACGAAGAAAUAUUCUAGUUUCUUAAAGAACUAUUGUAUAAUCACCAAAACAAGUCAGAGCAAGGAGAAGGGAGCCAAGGGUCUUUGACAAUCUGUCCCAAGGCCACCUUGCAAUGGAGGUACCAUUGCAUGAAAAUGUGGAAACCUGCAGAAUUUUGUAAAACUCCACAUUUGGAAGGCAAGGGGCAAAAAACAAGACCAAAAAGGUCUGAUGUUGCUGUGCUAUGUUAAAACAAUGGAAGGGGGAAUAGCACUGUACAGAAACAUGAAGAAUGCUUUACAGAAGUCAAGAUGAGAAAUAGUAAAAAUAAUGUUAAGCUGGACAUUGUGAUAAUAGAGUAUAAAACCACUUCCAUCCACAUAAAAUGAUGGACUGAUCACAGUAUGUAUGUGAGUCAAUCUGGGUCAAUUGCCUGGGCAUGCAGAAGCUUUUCCCAGCAUGAGGUCACACAGGCUGCACAGGGCCGCCUCUGAGCUCCUCAGACGACCUCAGAAAUGACAUGUAACUCUUGUUUUCUGUUUCCUUUCAUUUGUUUGUAUUGGGACAUUUUUAAUAGUCGGAAUUUUCUCUGUAUUUCCCAGAACAGAUGAGCUUUUGGCUUUAUUUUGCCUUCUUUUAAAUAAUCUUUUCAUGUAUUAUAACUGUUAUGGUCUAAAACCAGAAUACUUUACUCAAAGUGCUAUUUCUCUGACAGACACUCAGUCAAAGACUGAUCGUACUAAAAUUGCAAUAUUAGAGUUCUGUACCUGGCUGUGCGAUCUCAGCACCUCAGGACUGAUGUGCAGAGUGACCGAGACCUCCCUUGGGGGGCUCGGGAGUCCUGGAAUGUUGCCAGAAGUGUCUGGUGGCAGGACUUUGAUCCUACACGGGAGAUGACACCUGUAUGAGGAUGGGAGGAUUUCACUGGGGUAAAUGGUGAAGGGAUAAGUUGAUUAGAGUGUGAAACACAGGGCUUGGGAUUUCUGUACAGGGGGGUCUAAAGUAAGAUGGAGGAAUUGGGGCAUGUCCUGUCCUUCUUCUUCGCCUCCAACUUCUGUAGUGAUGUUGGCACUUUGGGAUUGGUUCUUACUAAAAGUGCGCUGGUCAAUAAGGGUAAAAGGUAUUGGGGAAAAAUGAUAAAUAUUGUAUAAGUAAUUUUGAGUAUAAAGAUAGGUGACCGCCCCGGGGGCUCUCAGUGUGCUCAUGGCUGGCUGCUGUGCAGACCUCUGUCGGGCCAAGAGAAAAUCUUUUAGAUAAAAAACUAAUAAACACUGGAGACCGAGAAAAACCCUGAAGCUUCUUCUGGUCCUUUGAAGCGCGGGCUGCCCAAGGCCAUCCCGAGCCUUUCCAGGUCUUUAAAACAGCCGAGAAACAGACACCUGGCAUGGUACAAUUUUUUUUUUUAAAUAGCAGCCAUAAAACAAGAGAGCCUCGUAAGAAAUUUCUUGGAGAACAGUCUGGUUACUUACAAUAAAAUUCCAGGAAAGGAAUAAUUCUAAAAAAAUACAACACCUCAGAAAUCCAUAAUAUUUUUAUUUGAUAAAAUUAAGGCAUUCCUCUUCUACCCUAAGAUUAAGAGAGGUCCUACAUGUAGCACACCCAUUUUUUAGGGAAGCCUGCUGCCUCCCCAGGUACAGCCCUCAGAUCAUUGUCUGGUACUGGAUUUCCAGGAAGCCCAAGGUCAAUCAAAAAGACUGAGGGGCCAUAUUGUGCUUGGAAAAGUGCAAGGGAGCUGGUGGCAGGUCUGGAGUGUCUGAGGGAGCUGGGGGUUUUUAGUCUUGAGGAAAGGAGGCUCAGAGGAGACCUUAACACACUACAAAUACCAGAGAAGAGGUUGUACAAAGGUGGGGGUCGGCCUCUCCUCCCAGGAAACCAGCAACAGAAUGAGGGGACACAGCCUCAAGCUGUGCCAAGAGAGGUUUAGAUUGUGUAUCAGGAGGAAUUUCUUCACAGAAAGGGUUGCUACGCAUUGGAAUGGACUGCCCACUGAGGUGGUGGAAUCACUAUCCCCAGAGAUAUUUAAAAGACAUGUAGAUGUGACACUUAGGGACAUGGUUUAGUGACAGACUUGGCAGUGCUGGGUUAACUCGAGGAUCUCAAGGUUUUCUUCCAGGCUAAAUGAUUCUAUAAUUCUUGUCUUUCCAUUUCUAUUUUCUGAAGAUGUACCUGUGUUUUUAAAUGUACUUGUAUCUCCUGGGGAAAAGGUACUGACUGGAUUACUUAUUCUCAUAACUAAUGUCCUAGCACUUUAAAUAAACAUUUCAAGGUGAAAACUUUCCUGUGUGUAGCUGGUGAAAGAGAAAAAGAAGCACCUGUUUCCUUAGAAAGCAAAUAUCAUGGUUCUUUUCAUAAAUAAUAAAAGAUGAUGCAUAAUUACAGCUAUGUCAAAAGUUAUCUUUUUAUUUCUUUCUGUAGAUAGAUAAGCAUAUAACUUCUUUACUACUCUGUACCUGUAUAUUUAUAUGUAUAUUAUUAAAAUAAUGAUAUUGUUGAGAUUAUAACAGGGUUUAUAUUAAGCUAUUGAAGAUUUCAGAUUAACCUUAUUAUUUCCAUAUCAUCUUCUCAGGAUAAUGAAUUAAAAUAUGUAUUUGAAGCCAUCUCUAUUUAUUUUCUUUUAUAUUCAGUUCUUCUCUGAAAUAAUUGUGUAAGCAUUAAUCUUAUUUAGAAAAUGGUGUGCUUUUCUAUGUGCUCUGGGUCACAACUGAUUAUAAUAGGAAUUAAAAUAAAAGUUAUUUUUAACUAUGUUACACUAAAAAAGCUAGUGACUCUAGAAAAAUCCAGAUUUUCUUCUUGAAAUUCUCAGCAAAAUUAAUUAAGUUUUAAGUCUUAAUUCUUUCUUCCUGGUCAUACAUGAACAAAUUUGGGGAGAAAAUAUUUGCAUUUCAGGCAGUUAAAAAACUUUGUCUUCAAUUUAUUUUACUACUUUUUAAUGUGAAACGCUGCAGACAGUAAGCAGGUAGCCCAUGAGGCUCUUUUCCAGUUCACAUUGAGGAGGAAGCUCAUGCUGAGCUUCUGUGGCUGGGAGGACUCGGUCGAUGCCAUCUCAUCACCCCUCACAGCGCGGAGGGCCGUGCUAGGAUCACCUGCUGUGCAUGCCUAAUUUAGGUGUCACAGCCAAGUCUCUCCAGGUUUGUCAGGCAGUCCAAGUCAAUUGUUUGGUCUCCUGAAUGUAAGUCACACGGAGGUCUUUCUCUGUAGCAUUUUCUGAUUUUCCUGCUCCUCUCAAUGUCACUCUCUUUCCCAUUUGAGUGGUACAAGAGUUCACUGGAUCACGCAGUGAAACUGGCCGGGGUAUUUCUGACUCAAAGGAUCUCCUUGAUCUAGUUCACCUUGCAUCUUCAAAGACAAUGCUGCUGGUACACUGGAUGGUGUGGCCAUAGUGCUCCUGGAAUUUUAGCCACAUAUUUAUAGCAGGUGGACACACUAGGAACAAAAAACCCCACUUAAAUAGCAUUUAAAAAUACUGCAAAGUUGUUUUCAUAACUGUGUUAUGUGUGAGGAUUCAUAAUUCAGUUUCUAAAGCAGGAUAAGGCCAUUAAAAAAAUCAUAGUAAAGUCUGAUUUUACUCACGCCACACUUGAAAGUGUAUAACAGAUCUCUUGCUCAUGGGCAAAAACGUACUGCUCAAUACAUACAUCAGUGUGCCUUACGAUGAGUCAUUUCUCUUUUUUGUAUCUGUCUUUAGGGGAUUGGAAUUGUAUAGAAUGUGCUUUCCUGUUUACUUUCCGUUCAUCUUAUUUAUAAGUAUAGCUAACACCUUUGUGAUGGCUGUUAAAAAUAUUUUUCAUGUUUGUUUACAUCCCUGCUUUUUGGCAGACAGAGGUGUUCAUGAAACCCAUGUAUUUCACCCUCUGUAUUACAAAAAACCAACAAACACAGUUUAUCAACUAAAAAAAAAAAGAAAAAAAAAAGAAUGCCAGGCCUUCACAAAGGUAAAAAGCAACAUCACACUAAAGCAUAAGGUUGCUUGUCAUGUAUAUCUUUAGCAAGCUAUAAAAAAUAUGUUGUUUUUAGUUUCAGAACAAUACCAGACUGGAAAUUAGUUCAUGGCCCAGCUCCUUCUUUUAGACAUUUGCAAUGCUACUGAAUUCCAUGGAUAUAACUGUAAACCAACUUUGUAUUGUCUACAUGCAAAAUUGAAUUGAUACACUUAAUGCAAUAAGAUUGUUUUCAGAAAAGCAUCACAAAAUUACAGGUAAUAGCAAUUUGUAUUUCUCUGCUCUCUCCUGGUUAUAUGUACACCAUAACAAAUAAAAAAUUAAUGUAAAAAAUAAAGAUUUAUAUUGUGAACCCUUACCUCUGUG